GGGAUAAAAGGAAUAUUAUUGACUUUUUUUUGGAUAAGAGUUUUAUCAAGAGAGACUUGUCAAUUUUAGAACCGCAAACGCCCGCCUGUGAUCCAACUACAUACACCUUCCUUCUUCCCAUUUCACGACUACCAUAAAAUUAUCUUGCAAAAAUGUCACUGGCUUCAAUCCAGUACAUCCCAAUCCCCACCCCAUCAUCAUCAGCAUCAUCAACCGUUCGAUUCUCUGCAACCAAGCCUACCAUACUUACCAUACGCAGCGCCGCUCAAGCUGAUGGACCCUUACGAAGACCUUCCAUUGCCACUCCACCUGUAAGGCCUUCCUCCGUUCCACCGUCCCCCUCCCCGUCUCCGUCACCAACUCCACCACCACCACCACCACCUCCGCCGGCGGCGAAGGCAGCGACGGAAAGUACCGUGACGAUGGAGUAUCAGAGGCAGAGGGCGAAAGAGCUUCAGGAGUAUUUCAAGCAGAAGAAGCUGGAAGAGGCUAAUCAAGGCCCUUUCUUUGGCUUUAUUGCCAAAAAUGAAAUUUCUAAUGGCAGAUGGGCAAUGUUCGGGUUUGCUGUGGGAAUGUUAACAGAGUAUGCAACAGGAUCAGACUUUGUGGAUCAAGUCAAGAUUCUACUAUCCAAUUUCGGUAUUCUAGAUUUGGAAUGAUCAGUCACUCAUGUUUAUAUUAAUUAAUUAAUUAAUUUCCUCUUGUAAAAUUCAAACACAUAUGUAUGUAUGUAUUCAAACUUUCAUUUUUUUCAUUUCACACUUGAUAAGGAAUAUAUACGUGUUAUUCAUACAAA